AUGUUACUGUGCUGUAUUAGUCUAAUAGUUUCCUCUUAUUUUCAGCCUAUUGGGAGAAGUGCUAAAUUGGUGCGUUUUAUGGAUCACAGGAUGCGCUGUGUUCUUCAGGACAGCCGUGUUUUCAUUGGAACUUUAAAAGCUUUUGACCGGCAUAUGAACUUGAUUCUUUGUGACUGUGAUGAAUUCAGGACGUUGAAAUCAAAGAAUUCCAAGAAGGGAGAACGGGAAGAAAGAAGGUCGCUUGGACUUGUGUUGCUUCGAGGAGAGACACUUGUAACAAUGACUGUGGAAGGGCCUCCUGUGAGAGAGGUUGGCAUUUCCAGAGUUGCAGUUCGUGGUCCUGGUGUUGGCAGAGCAGCAUUGAGAGGAAUACCUGUCAGUAUAUCAAUGAUCCAGAUACCUACAGGUCUAGCUGGACCAGUAAGGGGGGUCGGCGGUCCUUCACAAGAGGUAAUGACACCUCGGGCUGGAGAAUGUGGAGGUGUACCUGUUCCUAGUUUUUCUGCUGCCCCUCAACCCCACAUACUAAUGAGAGGGGUCCCACCUCUUGUGAAUCUUGUGGAAGCAGGAGCAGCAAGACUAAGACAGUAUCAGGCAUGGGUUCAUGUGGCCAAUGCCUUUGUGCCAUAA